UUUCGGGAAGAAUAAAGUUUUUUCCUGCCCUCAGCCAGUCUUUACGCAGAGCCAAACCGUGGCCUAGCAGGAAGAACGGCUCGACUAUGUGGAGAAAGAAACGGGCACUUGGGGAAUCCUUGGCUUGUCUCGUGUUUCUCGUGACGCUCGUCGAUGCUUAUCGAUUCCUGAGCCAGAGCACAGCCUCCCAGUUCCUGAGCAGGCACAAGAGAGCCAACUCUCUGUUUGAGGAGAGCAAGAAGGGCAACUUGGAGAGGGAGUGCAUCGAGGAGCUGUGCAACAAGGAGGAGGCCAGGGAGAUCUUUGAGAACCAGCCGGAGACGGAAUACUUCUACCCCAGAUAUGUUGCAUGUCUGGGUUCACAUCGUGUCGGCAUCAAUAACCCGAACUCAGACGCCAUCCCGUCAGACCUUCGCACCUGCGUGAAGGAGAUCAGUGACCAGUGCACACCACCUCCAUGCUACAAGGAAGGUUCAGUGCGCUGUGUGGACGGCCAGGCCUCCUUCACGUGUGAGUGUAAACCUGGCUGGAAAGGGCUACGCUGUGAGGAUGACAUCGACGAGUGUUCAGAUCCUGAAUUUCCAGCAGGAUGCAACCAAAAAUGUUACAAUUUACCCGGCAGUUUCCACUGCAUGUGUGAAGAUGGCUACUUCAUCAAUGACAAUAUCAACUGUGUGGAUAUCAAUGAAUGCCUGAUGUACCCCAGUAUCUGUCAAGAACCGGCUAAAUGUGUCAACACGCCGGGCAUGUAUGAGUGCCAGUGUCCCCUGGGUUUCAAAUAUAACUUCACUUCCAAGACCUGCAACGAUGUAGAUGAGUGCGAGUUUAACGUGUGCGACGGGACUUGUAUAAACACAGUUGGCAGCUAUGCGUGCCACUGUGAUGGUCGUCAGGGUCUGCGUUUGGCGGAGGAUGAACGAUACUGUGAAAAUAUUCCUGUGUGUGUGGAACUGUACGACUACAGACACCCAGAGAUGCUUUACCUCGGGGAGCAGUUCACAGGUCUUCCUGUCAUCUACCUGCGCUUCCGUCUGCCAGAGAACACAAAGUUUGCAGCAGAGUUUGACUUUCGCACAUUUGACCCAGAGGGAGUCGUGCUGUACGCAGAGUCCUCGCAGGACUCAUGGUUCAUGCUGGGGCUAAGGGGCGGUCGCAUCGAAGUCCAGUUCAAAAACCAGCACACAUUCAAGGUCACCAGCGGAGGGAAAGCCAUCAACGAUGGACAGUGGCAUGUGAUCUCUGUGGAUGAACUGGAGAGCAGCAUCAGCGUGAAGAUCAGCAAGGAAGCUGUGAUGAGCAUCAACAGCCCAGAGAGUCUCUUCACCUCAGUUAACGGCAAAUUGGAGACCAAGGUGUAUAUCGCUGGUCUGCCCAAUCGCACCGACAACGUCAUCAAACCAAUCAACCCUCGACUUGACGGCUGCAUCCGGGGCUGGAACCUGAUGAAUCAGGGAGCGUCUGGGGUGAAAGAGGUCAUCCAAGAGAAGAAGAGUAAACAUUGCUUUGUGUAUGUGGAACGAGGGUCCUUCUUUACCGGGGGAGGACUGGCACACUUCAACAUUGACUACAGUGAUUCUGGGAGCUGGAACGUGGAUGUUAAGAUGAAUAUACGUCCGUCCAGCAGCACAGGUGUCCUCUUUGCUCUUGUCCACAACCACACUGUCCCCCUGUCGGUUGCUGUUGUAACGCAGGGAGAAGAAGAUGCUAACCUGCAAGUGUUCUUGGACGGUGUCUCCGUGGCAACGCUGGACUCGCUGAUGUUGUGUUACCCUGACCGGCUGAUGUUGCAGCUGAAUGUGACUUCUACAGAAAUCCAAAUCUCAGCCAACUCGUCCACUGUUACCUACAUGCAGUCUGGGGACCUGCGGGAGGCACUGCAGCGCCUCAACAGCACCAUGCAGAACCCUGUCAGCACUUACAUUGGUGGGAUACCAGACGAUGUCCCAUUACCUAACACCCCUGUGACGGCCUUUUACCACGGCUGCAUGGACAUCACUAUCAACGGCCAGCAGCUGGACUUCGAUGAGGCUCUCAGCAAACAUAAUAGCAUUAAGUCCCAUUCCUGUCCUCCGGUAUCUGUCCCUGAGAGUCCCCCUGAUGCACCGCUCCCACACCCGCACCGAAAGUGACCUUAAUUAACCUUAAAAAGCCCUCACGUUAGGCAGCAUCCCACUUCUUGGGAUAUUUUGGAAAGAGAGAUACAGAAAGGAGAGGAGAUGGGUGGGACGAAAGGGGGUAGGCGAUUAUAGUCAUUUUUGUCGACUUUCAAUGAUGGGGUUCAUUUAUGCUUUUCAUCCAUACAGUAUUAUUGUUCCUGUCUUAGGAGCAUUGUUCUAUCUUUUUUUUUUUCUGAGGCACAACGAAAGCUGGCUUGCCAGUGAGCUAGUCAGAAGCUGGAUGACUGGAUGACGUAGUUGUGACAGUUUGUUGCAAUGAAUUAAAUGCUCUCUAAGAAACAUUCGACAAGAGCUGAGCUCUGUAGCACACAUACCAUGUGUUGAGCAAGAAAUGGUUAUGUUUGUGUAGACAAAUAAACAAAUGGUCACUGUUGACCAGGCUUUGAGACCA